AUGGCGCCCUCCGCAACUGGUGACUCGGCGCCAAUGCACAUACCCGCCAUGUCAAAAGCUUCAACGAUCAAUGCGUCAGUCCUGCAUGGCCCGCGUGAUUUACGAUUGAUCGAACCGGGGAUUGGUGAACUACAGGUUGCCAUCAAGACCACAGGAAUCUGUGGAUCUGAUGUGUCCUACUACAAGAAGUUCGCCAACGGUGACCUUUGUGCCUGUCAGCCCCUUUCUCUGGGCCAUGAGUCCUCGGGAACCGUCGUUGCCAUCGGGCCUCACGUCACCGGCUUUAAUGUUGGUGACCGCGUUGCACUCGAGGUCGGUAUACCCUGUGGCCAGUGUGGUAUCUGCCGCCAGGGGAGGUAUAACCUCUGCAAGAAGAUGCGGUUCAGAAGCAGUGCCAAAUCGUUCCCGCAUUUCCAGGGCACUUUGCAAGAUCGCAUAAACCACCCCGCAACGUGGUGUCACAAGUAUGUUUGGCAAUCUACAUGUCUCAUCAUAGCUCAGAUGGCUAAACCUUCUCUUUCUAGGCUCCCCGAGAAUGUCUCCUUUGAUGCUGCUGCUCUGCUCGAGCCCCUCUCAGUAGCCCUGCAUGCUGUCAACCGGGCCACUCCUACGCCUGGCUCCAGUGCACUUGUACUUGGUGCGGGAGCUGUUGGUCUUCUGACCGCCGCCAUGGCUCGCCAGUCCGGAUGCUCUACCGUCACCAUUGCAGAUGUGGACCAAGGCCGGGUCAACUUUGCCAUCGCCAAAGGCUUUGCCACACACGGCUAUGUGGUGCCAAAACAGCUCCACACCUCUUCCAGCUGCUCAUCACUGUACAACAGCAGCAACUCGGGCACGUCGACGCCUUGCGAAGGCGUCAUGACGCCCGCCAGCACCAUCUCGUUUCAGAGUUCCCUUGACACAGCCAAGACACUCGCUGCCGAGAUGCUCGCCGAGGCAAACGGCUCUAGCCCUUUGAUCGAUGACGAGGGCGAUGGCGUCGAUAUCACGUUUGAAUGUACUGGCAAAGAGGUGUGCAUGCACACAGCCCUGUACGCCACCAAGGCCGGAGGAAAGGUCAUCAUGGUGGGCAUGGGGACGCCGAUCCAAACCCUUCCCAUGUCGGUAGCCCAUCUACGCGAGAUUGACAUCCUGGGUAUCUUUCGGUAUGCCAACACCUAUGCUACCGGAAUGAAGCUCCUCUGCGCCCGCAACAGACCAACCCGUGGCGGUUAUGCUCUGCCGAACUUGGACGAGAUGGUCACCCACCGCUUCAAGGGCCUCGACAAUGCCAAGGGGGCGUUUGAGCUCGCGAGCAGGACCGUGGAUGACGACGGCAAUCUCGUACUCAAGGUCGUCAUUGAAGCCGAGUAG